GCACCCUUCAAGACGUUGCCGCGCGAGAGAGUUGGAUCUUCAUCGAGCAAAUUAAAUUCUCGGAGAUAUUGUCCAGAUUUUUAUCCUUCGGAAAUAUGCAGAGCUUCUGGAUUUUUGCAUUGGCAGCUGUCUCCUUUACUAAAGCUUCAGAGGAGCAAUACCGUCUAAUUGAUGACAUCUUCCACAAAAAACGCUACAACAAGGUGAUCCGGCCCGUCAUCAACGAAACCACGCCCAUUCUCAUCACUAUUGAGUUGUACCUGAGCCAGAUUAAUGACGUGAUUGAGAAGUACCAGACGAUCAGCACAAUGGUGUGGCUAACACAGCGCUGGACCGAUGAAUAUCUGCGAUGGGACCCACAGGAUUACAACAACCUGACAGCUGUGCGCCUGCCGUCUAACAUGGUGUGGCUGCCUGACACGGUGCUCUAUAACACUCGCGAAACUUCCAACGAGCAGCUGAUGUCCAUUCAGACCACCUUGAUCAUUAACAACGACGGCAGCGUGGACUGGAGCGCGCCCAUCACCCUGAUCAGCCAGUGCAGCGUCGACGUCAACUUCUACCCGUUCGACGCUCAGACGUGCAACCUCAAGUUCGGUUCGUGGCAGCAUGACGCCAGGCUCAUCGACUAUCCGGAGGCAGUAGCCGAUGCGAGCAUGUACCAGCAUAACGGCGAAUGGGACACAUUCAAGAUGAACUUCAAGCGUAACGUCAAGAUCUAUGCCUGCUGCCCGGACAAGCAGUACCCGGACGUGACUUUCACGCUGAUUCUGCGCCGCAAGCCGCUCUUCUACGUGGUCAACCUCAUCAUCCCGUGCGCGCUGAUCUCUGCCAUGUCCAUCAUUGAGUUCAUCCUGCCCUGCAACUCUGGGGAGAAAGUCUCUCUGGGAAUCACAGUCCUGCUGUCGCUGACGGUGUUCAUGUUGGUUGUGGCGGAGAACAUGCCCGCCAACAGUGAUGAUAUACCUAUCAUUGCACGAUACUACAUCGUGACCAUCUUUUUAGUCUCCUUUUCAACCUUCAUGACAGUCAUCGUGCUCAACCUCCAUCAUCGCAAGUACCGUGUACCUAACUGGGUGCACAAUAUCUUCAUUGGUGGUCUGGCUCCCAUCUUCUGCCUAAAAGUAAACAGCCGCCGCACCAAGAACAUUUAUAACAGUCGGAAACACCACUUCCAGCUGGUGCCCACGGCCAGUACGGCCACUACUUACCUGGACCAGGACUCCUACUUGUCCAAAGACGACACGCCAAGCGUCAACAACACUCCCCGGCACGGCCAGACGGAGACGGCGUACACAACCUCCACCAGCCAGCCCCGAAGACCGUGGGAUUGGAAGGAGCAAGCCAUAAUGGACACCUUGUCCAACGUCAGGUUCCUGGCCCAGCGAUUUGCCGAGAAGGACCGGGAGGAAGAUAUGGCUAAUGAGUGGCAGAGCGUUGCCAAGGUCAUGGAUCGCUUCUUCCUCGGCGCCUACAUCAUCUGCGUGGUCGUCAUGGACAUUGUCAUCGGCAUGCAGAUUUUCCAGGACCAUGACCUGCCGGACGAGGUGCUCAAACCUGUGGAGUGAUUUAGUUUUUAUGUACGGUUCAGAAUGUUAUAACCCCCAAUGGUUUGUGCUGGAUUGGCGGUAUGCAUCAGCAUCAACUGAUCUUGCUGUAUGCUGACCGACUAGUAUAGAGACCAGUCAAUAGACACUCUUCUGUGAGGAGCUGCAGGGUUCAAGUAAGUGCAUUCAUUGGAUUAAAAGAAACCUCUUGGGUCGAAAACUAGUUCAUAGAAAAUUAUAUGAUGGAGACCCCUUUCCUUUAAAGGUACAGCGAAUUUGCCUGAAGAUGUAUUAAGGGAGCUUGAUUGUAGCCUGAAUGAUAGGUGUUUGGAGUUAAAACAGUGCCACUGGCUUUUGGUGGAGAUUUGCCGUGGUUAAGUCAUCACUGUUAUUUUGGUAACGUUUUUGCGUUAAAGCGAUUGAAGCUUUAUAACCCGGGGUUACGUACCCGGAUGAGCUUCCGUCAGUUUGCCAACACGACUCCUGAUGUUGAAGUUCCUUAGACUUUACCGUCAGCCAAGAAUGUAACAAAUUAAAGCUAACAUCAUGGCGCUAACGCUAUGGCUCUGCAACUAAACCGCCACUGGUUCGAGGGAUUGAGGGUAAAAUCUUAGCUUGCACGAGACGCGGCCUUCCAAAGUCAUUGGGAAAAAUGGUCGCUCUAAGUCUGGCAAAUUUGAAUGUUUCCGUACGGAAUUCUUAUAUACAAACUUCCUGCUUAUUAUUCCAAGCAUUGUUCGUUUUCAUUUCAUUAGAGCUUGUGCAUAUCUUUGUGCUUUAAUUUGGAGGUUUUUAGGAUUGGUAUGGAAACACUCUAUCACAGACAAUCAAGAAACAUGUAAUGUUCAUAUGAGGAUAGAUCACUUGGGUGUCACUUUCUGGGUUAAUUUCAGACCUAUCUCAGCUUGUGGCUUGUUUGGUCCAGAGAACAACGUCCUUUUUGAACUGAAACUUUUUCGAGGUUGAACUGGAGACAAAGAUGGCAAAAUUACUAAACAAAGAGUGAUUUCUCACCUGAACUAAUUUAGGGGGAACUAUUAACUUGUUCCACUUAAUUCUGCCUUCAUUCCAGAAUUGUAAGUCUGAAACUGCUGGCACAGUGUUUAAAUGACUCAGGAUCUUUUUUCCCCAAUGAAACAAAAUAAUCGUUUUUAAUUAACGUUGUGUAUGUACGACAUUAGGGCUUUUAAUGGCGUCAUACUUUGUAGAUAUAACUGUACAAUAUGUCGACAACUUGCAUGAAGUGAGUCCAUGAAAUUAUUGAUGAAAUCUUUUUGUGGUAGUAGUUUACUGUCUUGUACAUAAAUCCAGGUUAGUAUGUAAGUAGUGCAGUAUACGAGAAAUUUUUAUUAAAGGUGCUAUGCGAUCUUCAAGUGAAAGAUUUUAACUGGCCAAUUUACGGCCAAGGGUUUGAAAUAGUUUGAGUGUGAUUAAUCAUUUCCUUUCGGGUAAAGACUGAUGAGAGGUUGUACGAUGACAUUCGGUAUGGCGUCACUUUUUAUAUCAUUUGGUAUAAACGUACAUGCAGGACACCUGAACUAAGGGCCAGGAAAGCCGGAAUUAAUGUGUCAUGUUUCAAAUGCAGUGGGGUAUCUUCGCGGAAGGAUACUAACUUCUCCAAUAUAGCCCCGUAGAAUUCGAACGUGCUCAUGAAAUUGUCCUUUCGUUAACUGUGUAUCAUUAUAUAAUGGGAAUGUAGUUGAAGUGUUCUCUGCUCUGCGAGAGCAAAGACCAAUUAAAAUCGCAAAAGUGGUGUUGUAACCAGGGAAGACCAUUUGGGGAGCAGAACAAGCCUCCAAGUGUCAAGUUAGAAACAUAAUCAGGGGCUAUAG